UUGUUUCAGGGUGAGGUCGCCAAUAAGCCAAUUCCCAGACGCUGCGUCCUGCGUAAGUCGGAACCAAGCGACGAAUAUGGGUUCAAUUUACAUGCUGAGAACGGCAAGGGUCAUUUUAUUGGUACCGUUGAUCCGGAUUCAAUAGCUCAGAAAUCGGGACUGGAAGAAGGCCAGCGAAUCGUAGGCGUCAAUGGCAGUCUGGUCUUCGUUGACACCCCUCACAAGGAGGUGGUGAAGUUGAUUAAACAACAGCCGGCAUCAGUGGAGCUUCUGGUUGCCUCACCGGCUGUCGACGAGUGGUACAAAGAUCACCAUGCUGAAUAUUCUUUCAGUAUGGCCGAAAAUUAUCCGGAUACGAGUGCUUUCGCUGAUUCAACAGAUGCCGUUUCAAACGUUGAGCAGUUAGAAACGCAUGUGUCUGAGAUGGCAGUUAACAAUGCAAGUGAAGAAAACGGCAUCGUUCCAUCAGGUGAUCACGAACAAGAGGUAAUUUUGCGUAAUUUAUAGUA